CUUCUUACAAAUCAAUUCUUUGAUUCUUUCUCUUCCACUCUCUCCCUCGUUCUUCUGCUUCUGAACACUAUCCAUCAUCAUUCCCCUGAAGAAUUGAAUCACUAUGUUGCAAGAAAUGUGGAAUGCUCCCCCUGGUUUCAGACCCAGUAAGUCUGCACCUUCUUCUCCAGCCAAGCCUCUUGGUGUUCCAAGAACUCGAUCUGAAUCGUUCCACAUAGCCCACAAGGUCCCAGUUGGAGAUACUCCUUAUGUUAGAGCAAAAAAUGUUCAGUUGGUUGAAAAGGAUCCGGAGAGAGCAAUUCCACUGUUCUGGGCAGCCAUUAAUGCAGGGGAUAGAGUGGAUAGUGCUUUGAAAGAUAUGGCUAUUGUGAUGAAGCAGCAGAAUCGAUCUGAAGAAGCCAUUGAAGCUAUUAAAUCACUUCGAAGUAGAUGUUCAGAUCAAGCUCAAGAGUCUCUUGAUAAUAUCCUCUUGGAUCUUUACAAGAGAUGUGGGAGACUUGAUGAUCAAAUUGCUCUUUUGAGGCACAAGCUGUACUUGAUUCAACAAGGGUUGGCUUUCAAUGGAAAGCGCACGAAAACUGCGAGAUCUCAAGGCAAGAAGUUUCAAGUCUCUGUGGAGCAAGAAGCCACUAGAUUGCUGGGAAAUCUGGGAUGGGCACUGAUGCAGCAGAGCAACUACAUGGAAGCAGAAGAAGCUUAUCGGCGCGCGCUUUCGAUUGCUCCAGAUAACAACAAGAUGUGCAAUCUGGGUAUCUGCUUGAUGAAGCAAGGGAGAAUUGUUGAGGCAAAAGAAACACUUUGUAGGGUGAAACCCGCGGUUCAUGACGGCCCAAGAGGCUCAGAUUCUCAUCUGAAAGCCUAUGAAAGGGCACAGCAAAUGCUCAAGGACCUUCAGUCUGAGAGGAUGAACAUAGGAGGAGGGGAUAGGGUUGAACAAAGAAGACUCUUUGAAGCUUUUCUGGGAUCUUCAUCAAUCUGGCAGCCUCAGCCUUGCAAGGAUCACACCUCAAAUUCAGUCAAAACAACACAAGAUGAAUUUGCAGAUGAGAACAUCAAUUCCAACAUCAUGACAAAAAAUCACACACAGCAGCAGCAGAAAAGCAAACAGGCUGCAAGCACUCUGGGGAACUCUCUGAAUGUCACAGCUCCACCAUUUUAUACAUCGAAACCUUUGGUAAGAGAACCGCCAAAUGAGAAUCAUUUCGCGGAGACGCUUAAGAGAACAAGGUCUGGAAAUGCUGCAGGGUCAAUGAGAGUCAAUGAUGUGGGGGAUUUCAACAAGGUGAAUAUGGAAUUAGGGGUGCCACUGCCAGAGAACAAAACAAGAAGGCUCUCAUCAGAGGAUAACAAUGAGAAGAACAAGAUGGUAGACUUGUUACCAGAUAACAAGGACUUUGAAGAUGCUAUUCUUGCUGCAAUUUUGGAGCCUGCAGCAGAGAAAGCAGCCAAUGACAAGAUUUUCCAGAAGAAAACUGAUAAGAGGCUUAAGGUUUUUCAAGAUAUUACAUUGUCUUUGAGUCCAAGGGCCUGAGCUAAUUUGGUUUAUUGAAUUAGUUUUCAAUAACUUAGUUUUAGAAUUGGAGAUGAACUUGGUCUCCAUUUGUUGAGCUUCUUUUUCUGUAGAGGAAGAAGUGUGCUACGUUGUGUUGGCAGUUUCACGGAUAGGAGUAGCUGCACCAACACUUCACGAGUCCUCAAUUGUUUUAUUAUUUAUCUUUUAUUUAUUUUGUAAUGCCUUGAAACUAGGCACAUCAUUGACUUCAAAAUAAGUUGACAGGAGUUACUUGAAAUCAAA